AUGAGGAAAGCUCUGCUUUCCAAGAACAAGAUAAAGUUCAUAGAUGGGACCAUAAAAAGACCACAAAAAACCGACACCGUGUAUGACGCCUGGGAGAGGUGUAACAUGAUGAUUAUUUCGUGGAUAACAAAGACUCUUUCACCCCACAUUGCUGAAAGUGUGAUAUACGUGGAAGAGGCCAAAGAUCUAUGGGAUGAGCUCAAAGAAAGAUUUUCAAAAGGAGAUUAUUUUAAGAUUUCUGAUCUGUUACAAGACAUACAUUCUAUCAGACAAGGAGAAAGGGGGGUAAGUCAGUUCUUCACAGAUUUAAAAAUCCUGUGGGAAGAACUUGAAUCUUUAAGGCCCAUACCCAGCUGCACAUGUGAGAUCCCCUGCAGCUGUGAUCUUUCACGAAUUUCCUUGAAAUACAGAGAAGCUGAGCAUGUGAUAUGCUUUUUAGAAGGUUUAAACGACUCCUACAACACAGUUAGAACUCAGAUACUUCUAAUGGAUCCUUUACCAAAUAUCAACCGUGUUUUCUCUCUUAUCAUGCAACAAGAGAGACAGGAAAAGCAAGGCCCUACAGAGACUAAAAUUCUUGCACAUGUUAAUGACAGAAGCAACCGAUGGAAAUUUGAUCAAAACUGGAAAAAUCAAGGACGUGGCACUGGUGUUCGUGGUCAAGGAAGAGGAAGGGGGAGAAAUCCUAACUAUGGAAAACAAUGUUCUUACUGCAAUAAGAUGAAUCAUACAGUAGACGAGUGCUAUUCCAAACACGGAUAUCCACCUUGGUAUAAGAAAGAAGACAAAAGAGGAGAUUGA